ACAUGUAUCUAUUUAUCGGUCAUCAAUGUUGGUCGUGAGGCUAUCCGAAAGGCAAAACUUAGUAUUGAUACUUUUGUGGAUUGUAAAAGCGAAAAUAUUUUCUCGUAAAUUUUAAAUCUUUAAGCGACUAUUUGUAUUUUAAGCCAUUCAUUUGAUGUGCAAGGGAGAACUGAAUCUCUAAAACGUGAUAUUAAUAUACAACCUCAUCAUCUUAGUGCUGAUGGUAGUUUUAAUUAAAAUUCCUUAAAAAUAUUUUGAGGCUCCCUUAUGCUUUAUUGUGAAGUUAAAUUUUUGCCUUAUUCUGAUAACAAAAAACCCGACAAUAAUGAAUUUAAAAGUAAUCAUUCAGCACUUAAUAAUACCUCACAAAAAUUACUUAAUAAUAUGCUUGAACAAGGAACACUUUCUGAUUGUUUAAUUAAAAUUGGAAAAGAAACCAUAAACGUUCAUCGAUGCAUUUUGGCACAAAAUAGUAAAGUAUUCCUUAGAAUGUUUGAACAAAAGGAUAUGACUGAAGCACAAAAUGGUGAAAUAAAAAUUGUCGAUUCUUCUCCCGAAUGUUUUCGUGCUAUGAUUGAAUAUUUCUACAAUGGUGAAAUUAACAAAAAUACUUUUGAAAAACUUGUUGAUGAUUUAUUUGUUAUUUCUCACAAAUAUGAAGUUUUAAAAUUGAUGGAUAAAUGUGAAAAUUUUAUGGCCUUAAAUAUUGAUAAUGCUAAUUUUAGCAAACGUUGCCAAUAUGCCGAAUUGUAUAAUCUUUCGUUACUCAAAAAUGCGUGUAUUAAAUACAUUUCUGUUAAGCGAGACAGCUUUUUAGUUAGUAAUGAAUGGAAUGAAUUUAAAGAAAAUAACAGUGCAUUGGCUGUUAACUUGCUUGAAUCGGCUCUAAAACAAAAGUUUUUUUGAAUGAUUUUAAAAAAUUCGAAAUUCCUAAGUUCUCCUACAGCUGA